AUGAAUUAUACACCAGAUAUGCCCCACGACUCAGUUGAUCGAGCUAUUUAUCAUGCUUUAUUAAUUUGGUCGUAUCCAAGUCAAUUAAGAUUUCGUCAAGCAAACGAAAUGGAACAUCCUGAUAUUGAAUUUUUAUUUGCUCAAGGUUAUCAUGAAGAUGGAUAUCAAUUUGAUGGAAAAGGCUCUGUUCUAGCUCAUGCUUUUUAUCCUGAAGAACAUCUUGGUGGAGAUGUUCAUUAUGAUGAAGAUGAAGAUUGGACAGCAUAUCGAGAAAAUGAAUAUGGUUUAAUGGAUUUAUUUUCAGUAACUGUUCAUGAAUUAGGACAUUCAUUAGGUUUAAUGCAUUCGAAUAUACCUGAUGCAAUUAUGUUUCCCUAUUAUCGUGGUUACUCAAAAAGUAUUAAAUUACAUAGUGAUGAUAUAGCAGCUAUUCGAAAACUUUAUGGAGAUCCACCAACAGAAGUUUUAAUUUCACCAGCAAUAAAUUCUGAUGAAAUAACACAAACAACUCAUGAUUACACAACAUCACAACCAACAACAACUACAACAACAAAUAUAGUUGAAACAACAACAACAACAACAACAACGACAGUAACAACAACUUUAUUGCCAAUAUUAACAACAAUUGAAACAACAACUUCUACUUAUCCAAUAACAACUUUAGCUGUAACUAAUCAAGAAAAAAUUCAUUAUGAAACAAUAACAACAACAACAACAACAAUAGUAACAGUAAAUAAUUCCUAUGAAACUAAACAUCGUCAUAUAACAAAAUCGCCCAUAGCCAAAUCAACAAAUCAUCGAUUACAAUCACAUCUAGAAAGACAUACAUCAACAGAACAAAUUAAAAUAAAUUAUACAGAUCGAUCAAAAUUAGAUUUAUGUGAUGGAUUUUAUGAUGCUAUUACAAUGUAUAAAGGAAUUUUAUUUAUAUUUAAAGGACAAUAUUUUUGGCAAUAUGAUCGACGUGGUUUAGAUCCUUCAUCACCAAUGAUUAAUAAUGCUUUUUGGUUAGGAUUACCAGAAACUUUAACAAAGAUUGAUGCAGCAUAUGAACGAUCUGAUGGUCGUCAAUAUUGGAUAUUUGACGAUAAUAAAAUAUCAAUUGAAGACGAUGGUUCUAGUUAUCCUCGUAAUAUAAGUUCACUUGGUCUUCCAACACAUGUUAAUCAUAUAGAUGCAGCAUUUCUAUGGUCAUAUAAUCGUCAAGCUUAUCUUGUUUCAGCAAAUCUAUAUUGGGCAUUAGAUGAACGAUGGAAUCGUGUUAAUACAUAUGAUUAUCCAAGAGAUAUGAUUAUGUGGCAAGGCAUUGAUAUUCCACUUGAUGAUGCUUUUGUAGAUUUAACUGGUUCAACAUAUUUUUUCAAAGGUCUGGAUUUUUGGCGUUUAAAUAAUACAAGUAUGGAAGCAGCAAUAGAUUAUCCUCGUUCAAUAAAUACUGAUUGGCUUUUUUGUGAUAAGCCUCGAUCUUUAUCAUCAACAUUAUUAUCAUCUUUUCAAUCGACUUAUAAUUUCGUAAUUAUUCUCCUUGCUAUUCUUCAUUGUUCUUCGCUCUAA